AUGAUAUAUCAAGAUGAUUAUGAAUUAGAACAAGAAAAGAUUAUUUUUGUAUAAAGGAAUGGCGAUUUAGAAUCUAAAAAAAUAAGUAAAGUUGUCUUAAAAAGUGGUAUUACAUUUUUAGAUAUACAGAUUAAGGUGCAAAGAGAUCUUAAGUUAGGUUAUACUGAAAAUUUUAGACUUUUUAACAGGGAAGGAGUAGAGAUGUUUGAAAACGAUAUUCCGUUUUUGUAGAAUAACUGUUAUCUUUUAGCUAGUAUGGGAGAAGAAUAUGAUUCAACAAGUGGAUUUUCUCAAUACGAGAUUCUUCAAACUAUUGGAGAGGGAGGAUUUGGUAAAGUAGUAUUAGCAGAGCAUAAAUAAACUAAAGAAAAAUUUGCAAUUAAAUUUGUAAACACUUCUUUGAUAGGAAAUGCAAGCGAUAUUGAUAUGGUUUUUCGUGAAGCUGAAGUAUUUUUUAUUACUUCAAACAAUAAUUCUACUAGAGAACUCAUUCAUUGCUUUUGUUUUAUGAAAAAGGUUUUGAAGAAUUUAAAUCAUAGAAAUAUUGUUAGGAUUUUUAAUUGCUACACUCUAAAGGGCAUGGAAGUAGUGUUUAUUAUGGAAUAUUUACAAGGAGGUGAACUGCUGGAGUAUGUAACAAAAAAGGGGAGGUUAUCAGAGUUAGAAGCUAGACAGUUUUUUAGAUAAAUUGUAGAUGCUAUUUAGUAUUGUCAUAAAGAAAAUGUCAUACACAGAGAUCUCAAACUUGAAAAUAUCCUUCUCUCAUAAUCUUCAAGCUCAUCAAUUAUAAAAAUUAUUGAUUUCGGUAUAGCAGGAGUGGGAAAUCUAAACACAAAUAAACUGAAUGUUGGUUCUUUAAGGUAUAUGGCACCAGAAGUAUUGCUCAAAUAAGUCUAAAGUUUAUAGAAAAGCAUUGAUAUAUGGAGUUUGGGAGUUAUUCUCUACACACUUGUAGUAGGAAAUUUGCCAUUUAAUGGUGAAACUCCAAGCGAAAUUAUAAAAAAAAUUACAACAGGUAGCUAUAGCUUUCCUGCAUAAGUAGAAGGGAUUCUUACUGAUGAAAUUAAGGAUUUAAUUACCAAUAUUCUAAUAGUAAAUCCAGAAAAAAGGUUUGCCUUGAAGUAAAUAAGAUAACAUGAAUGGAUGAAGUUACCGAGCAUUCAGCUUUAUGAAAAAUAACUUAUUUAUCAGCAAAAAUUAGAGCAAAUGUAUAGGGUUAGAGAUAACAGAGGAGCAAAGUUUCAUUAGUGGGCAAAUAGUAGGGAUGUGACUCUAAGAGGGACCACUAAACAAUUUAAUUUAGAUAACAUUCAUCAUAACUAGACAAAAGACCAAAAAUUUUUAUAAAAUUAAUCGCCAAUAAUGUCCCCAUUAAAUAAUAAUAUGACAAGAGAGUAAACUAGACAAAAUAAUCUUAAAGAAAUGACAAGUUAAAGAUUUGGAAGUCCUCUAAAGGUUAAUACAAGAAUUAAUUUAAGAGAAAAUACAAGUAGCAGCUUAAGAGAGCCCACUAAAAUGAAUGGGACUCCAUAGUAAAAGGGUUCUCCAAUGAGGUAUCCUUAUGCUAAGAAAUUGAAUAAUCAAUAUAAUAUGCCUCUUCUAUAAGAGCAAAUGAUGUUUGCUCAAGAUAUGCUUGAAGAUUUUAAAGAUGAAGAUGAAUAUUUCUCAAAAUAAAACGCUGUAGAAGACUAAAUUUAUGAAAUAAAAAAAGUGUUAGGAUUACUGAAUACACCAGCUAAAGAAUAUAAUAAACCUGACCAAAAUUAAAAUAUUAAUUUGCCCUAACUAUAGCCAAACAAUAAUAUUAGCACAUUCAAUAAUUUGUCAUUGCUUUAAAAUAAGACUAAAGUUGUUGGAGUUAGCACUAUUGAUAAAUAAGAAAUAUAAAAUACAGAAAAAUAAAAUAAUUAGUAACCUGAAAAUAAGUUAGAAGCGAUUGAUAUUGUCAAUGAAUAAACUAAAUCAGAAAAAUCUCCUUUCAAUUAAAAAGAUGUUAAAACAGACAAAGAAACUCAAGAAAAAAGCCCUAGAAAUGACUCUUCGCCUAAGGCAGAGUUCAAAAAUAAUUAAGAAGACUUAUUGAAUGAUCAAUUUUCUAUAGAUAAUCCCCAAGAUUUGAAACAAGAUAAAAAAAAAGAUGAACCCUAUUACAGACUAGUUUAUAUAAUUAGGCAAACGAAAUAAUAAUAAACUCAAGGAGACCCCAAUUUAUAAAUAAAUAAGGGAUACGGAGGUAUAUAUAUUCCCUAAGAAAUAGGAUUUGUAAAAUAUACUGCAAAUACUAAUUUAAGACAGUUACAAACCUCUCCUCAUAGGUUUUCAAUGAAACAACUAUAAUCUCCACCAAAAAAGAGGAGCUUAUCUCCCAACAAAAAUUCUCCUACAAACUAAACAUCAAAUUAAAUAAACUAAUCUUUUGUAUUUCUAAACAAACCUGUAACAUUUAAAUUUAACUUUAAAAAAAAGUUGAAUGCUUCAUCUGAUUGA